AUGAACACACCAACCAUGGGACCAGAGCAGCAGCUCACUCCAAAAAUGUCUCCCGUCAUGAUGCAUCUCGAUGAAAAUCUAUCGUCACUGGGUAAUCCGUCAUUCAUGCAUCUCGACGACGCUCACAACAAGAAGAAAGGUGGCUAUCCUGCCAUGUAUCGUACUUCGCUGUCCAAGCUCACCGAGCGUGGCCGGCAGAGUCGAGGCAGAAGCGCUGAUCCCAAGACUCCAACCAAGAUUUUACGCUCAAAUUCUCCCAUACGUGCACUGCUUGGAAAUGCGCCCAAAAUGUUCAAGCCUGAGUACAUGGGUGUGUCACGACUUCUCAAUAGCACCAAAGGAGCACCAACUCCGCCCAUUACGACACCCUCUAUGAUCCUUACUUCAUCCAAACUGCUGUUCCAACAAGCUCCUUCGUCACAGCAGAAACAACAGCAGCAGCAUCAGGUAGAAGAAGAAGAAAAAAAAGAAGAAGUAGAAGAAUCACAGCACAAACAGAGUCAGCAGGUCAGUACACCAGAGGUACAACAAACGUCAGAAAUACAUAUCGAGCCAUCGGCGCCGCCACAAAAAUAUCACUCCAGAGAGGUUUCCAGUACAUCUUCCGUGAAAAGCACUGCAACCGCUUGCGAACCUCAGUCGAAUAUCAAAGCCCAGUCUCAGGUAAGCGCAGUACCAAGACUUUCUCCAGACACCAAGCGUUCGGAACAGCCAGCUAAAACCGCAAAUUACAGAUUUCCUUCUACGACGUCAACGGCUUCGUCGAGUUCCACGCUCGAUAACAAAGAAUAUCAUGAUAAUCUCAACUUUGACGUGCCGUCACUCGAUAAGGAUGAUUUCCUUCUGGCAACCCAAAGCAAAAGAAGCUCAUACAUUUCGAGUGUAGGAUCGACCAAUGACGAAGAUCUGAACGGAUGGUUUGCGCAAUACGCAGACGAGAGACAAGUAGCGACUUUGAACAUCAGUGACGCUCAGAACAAUAGACAGCAGCUGGAUACUUUGAGGGAAAGGUCGUUUCAAUCUGAACAUUUCUCGCUCAAAGUUAAACAGCUUGAGCUAAGUAUAGCGGAGCUACGUCUCCAAAACGAACAAUUAAGACACACAAUGACCACACACCGCACAGUCCAAGAUAGGUACAUGUUUGAUGCACUGCAUGAUGUACAGCGGGAGAAGGAAAACAGCUAUCGAGAAAUGAACCGGAAGAUGAAACAGCUGGAGAAGCAGAUAGAUAACUAUAAGCGCGUUGUUCAGAAAUUGACUGCUCCUGUGAAUUUGCCUCCUGUCGUCAAGCCUAGAAUCCCCCUAGUGGAUGCGCUUACGCUUGACGAGAUGUCAGAGGCCAAUUCCUCGAGCGGUGACGACACCGAAAGUGAGAUACCUGAGAAAGACGAAAAUUUUCACAGCCUGGGCAAGACUACAACCAUUACGCUACAUCCUAAUGACGAAAAUAGUCUGGCAAUGCCAGAGUCUCCUCGCAAGAGACUUGCUGGGAUCAAGCUCGGACUCACUUUUGAAAAAUGA